AUGAGCUCUUCACGGCCCAGCGCGGCCUUCAACUCUCUCAGAAUGGGAGAAAUCAUCCGCGAAAAAGUCCAAGAUGGUAUCACGGGCGAAACCAGGGAAUUGGCCUAUACCCAGUGCAAGAUUGUGGGCAACGGGUCUUUCGGUGUGGUUUUCCAGACCAAGCUCUCUCCUUCAAACGAGGAUGCGGCCAUCAAGCGUGUGCUCCAAGACAAGAGAUUCAAGAAUCGUGAGCUCCAGAUUAUGCGGAUUGUCAGACAUCCCAACAUAGUCCAGCUCAAGGCCUUCUACUACUCCAAUGGAGAACGCAAGGAUGAGGUGUACUUGAACCUGGUACAGGAGUUUGUACCUGAAACGGUCUACCGAGCAUCCCGCUUCUUCAACAAGAUGAAGACCACAAUGCCAAUCCUUGAGGUCAAGCUGUACAUUUAUCAGCUUUUCCGGGCCUUGGCCUACAUUCACUCGCAGGGCAUCUGCCAUCGUGAUAUCAAGCCGCAAAACCUGCUUCUCGACCCCAACUCUGGAAUUCUCAAACUUUGCGACUUUGGCAGUGCAAAGAUUCUGGUGGAGAACGAGCCGAAUGUCUCGUACAUUUGUUCCCGUUACUACCGAGCCCCCGAGCUCAUUUUUGGUGCCACCAACUACACAACCAAGAUUGAUGUCUGGUCAACGGGUUGUGUGAUGGCAGAGCUCAUGCUUGGCCAGCCACUUUUCCCCGGAGAAUCUGGUAUUGACCAGCUGGUGGAAAUCAUCAAGGUGUUGGGAACCCCGACGCGUGAGCAGAUUCGAACUAUGAACCCGAAUUACAUGGAACACAAGUUCCCGCAAAUCAAGCCUCACCCAUUCAGCAAAGUCUUCCGCAAGGCUGAUGCAGACGCGCUUGAUCUCAUUGCCAAGCUGCUCGAGUACACUCCCACACAACGUCUAAGGGCGGUGGAUGCCAUGGUCCACCCCUUCUUCGAUGAAUUGCGAAACCCUGCCACAAAGCUUCCCGACUCUCGCCACUCCACGGGUACUCUCAAGGACCUGCCCAACUUGUUCGAUUUCACCAAGCACGAACUCUCCAUUGCUCCGUCCUUGAACGCCAAGCUGGUGCCGCCACACAUCAAGCCUGAGCUGGCGGCGCGGGGUCUGGAUAUUGACAACUUCACGCCACUAACGAAGCAUGAAAUGAUGGCCAGACUAGACUGA